AUCAAAUGGGACCGUGUGCAGGACAACAGAACUAACCCAACAGCAAGGAAAUGGGCGUUUCUGAAGUUGACUCCAGAAAAUCUUCCAAUUUACUGGAGCUGAAAAGGGAUGAGAGUAGUAGCAGACCUGAAAGAGUAGCAAACACUGAAAGAGUCAUCGGAUAUUUGCCUCUGCUGGAUUUGGAUCACAUUUGGUUCUGUUUAUCACCAUGGCGUCUCUUCUGAUUUUUGUCACGCUGCUUCAUCUCAUCACACUGGCCGUUCUCUUUAUCGCCACCAUGGAGAAGUCCUGGUGGGUUUGGCAAGGCACAGAAAACUCAGACCUGUGGUACAACUGCCGAUUUGACAAUGAAACCGAGGCGUGGUUUUGUGCAACAUCACAAGAGACAGAGUGGCUUCAAGCUGUGCAGGUUCUGAUGGUGCUGUCCGUGGUUUUCUCCUCCAUUUCAUUCCUGAUAUUCCUGGGACAACUCUUCACCAUGUCUAAAGGAGGGCUCUUUUACCUCACAGGGAUUUGCCAGGCAUUUGCCGGCCUCAGCACCUUCACUGCAGUGCUCAUUUACACCCUGCACAAUAAAGAAAUCCUUCAGGACUCUCGGGAGUUGAGCUUGGGACACUUCGGCUACUGCUUUUUCUUGGCGUGGGUUUGUGUACCUUUGCUCCUGUGCAGUGGAAUCAUGUACAUCCAUCUGCGCAAAAGGGAAUAGCAAUGGAAAAAAAAAGACAAGCCAUGCGAAGAAUGUUUGCUGUUGACGUACUCCGCUGAGUGAUUAUAUACUUCAUGAUAUCUCUAUGACACAAACAAGACAUUUAUUUUUCGCUUAUUUAGACCGUAUUUAAUCACACAUAAAUAUACACAACUGAAAUGUAGCCCCACGGCCCAUGCCAAAAAUCAGCUCAACUUGCUUAACUCUUAAAAGGCAACCAUGACUAAUACAUCUAAUUAGCUGAAUUAUAUCUAAUUUAAUUAUAAAACGGGCCAUAUAACGUAAUCUCAUUUAAUACUGGAGGAAUACUUGUAUAUAUUAUAGUGGAAUCCGUUUGCUAAAAUGUUAAGAUGUAUUUUUAUAAAUAAAUUCAACUAAGUCAAUAAUGUAUGAUUUCAAUUUCAUUACUGUGCUAACCAAGAAAAUAUUCUUCACAAAUACACUGCAAGAUAGUGGACUCCGCAGACCUUGGGAGUGCAUGACAAACUCAUGACUCCAGUUUCUGAACUAACAGCUUCCAUCACGCCAUCUAGCAUGAUCUUACGUCAGACUAAGCUUUCAACAACAAACUUCCUGACAUUCAAAGGUCCCUUCUUUUUUUUUUUGGGUCCUAGGGUAUCAGCAUCUGGUGGUCCCAUACUCUGAAACACUCCAAAAAAAAAAGAAAAGAAAGCGCUCUCCAAUGCCAGACAAAGGGG